CCAAGCACCUAUAUUAUGUCCACCCACGCCGCCUCCCUCCGAAACCCUAGAAGCCUCCACCCUCCAGCGCCUCCACCUUCCUCGCCGCCUCACUCCCUCUGCAGAGGUCGCAGAUCCGUCCGGUUAGACGAAGCCGCCCGCACCCAUGGCCUCCGGUGAGCUCGCCUGCACCUACGCCGCCCUCAUCCUCAGCGACGACGGCAUCGCCAUCACCGCCGAGAAGAUCGCCACCAUCGUGAAGGCGGCCAACAUCAAGGUCGAGUCCUACUGGCCGGCGCUCUUCGCUAAGCUCCUGGAGAAGCGCAGCGUUGAGGAUCUAAUCCUCUCCGUGGGAUCUGGUGGUGGCGCUGCUCCAGUUGCUGCUUCCGCCCCAGCUGGGGGUGCUGCAGCUGCUGCUGCCCCUGCUGCAGAGGAGAAGAAGGAAGAGCCCAAGGAGGAGUCUGAUGACGACAUGGGCUUCAGCCUGUUCGACUGAGACCCUCGCUACCCAGCCAUUAGCAAAUUCGCUUAUGCUGUCCAAGACUUAUCUUACGUUAUGUCUGUAGGCUUUUGUUAUUACAAGUACUCAAGUUUUGAGUUUUUGAGAUGUGGCUAUGACAAUGUGAUGAAGAACCCUAAACCAUCGUAUUAGAGUGAAACUUGUUUCUAUAUAGAGUUCCAAGUUUCUUGAACCUCAAACUUGCUCUGGUUGAUGCUCUGAUGUUUUCAGUCGGUGCUUUUUAAUCGAAGUCAACCGAUUUUCGAAUU